CCGAGCCCCGCCUGCUCCCUCUAGGAGUCAAAAUGGCGGCGAGGGGAACCCGGAGCAGUCCCGGAGCCUGAGCCACUGACAGGAGAGGAGAGGGCGGCGGCAGGAGGAGGAGGAUGGCUGGGGGUGCUGGCGCCGGUGCGGACGGCGGUGCUGGUGGCCGCGGCGGCGGAGGCGAUGGCCGCGGUCCCAGCGGCGGCAGCAGCAGCAGCAGCAGCAGCAGCGGCGGGAGGAGCCUCCAGGAAAUGGAUGAAAAGAGGCUGCUGGAUCCAGGGUUGAAAGUUCGUAAAGGCCUCUGGGAUUACACUCUGAAGAGCCAGCGGAUGGAAUGCCUGAGUGACUGAAGAAAAUGGGUGCUAAUGCAUCUAACUAUCCUCAUUCAUGUUCCCCAAGGGUAGGGGGAAAUUCUCAAGCCCAACAGACUUUUAUAGGGACAUCAUCCUAUUCUCAGCAAGGCUAUGGUUGUGAAUCAAAAUUAUAUAGCCUUGACCAUGGCCAUGAGAAACCGCAAGACAAAAAAAAGAGAACCUCUGGCCUUGCCACCCUCAAAAAGAAGUUUAUUAAGCGUCGAAAAUCUAAUAGGUCUGCUGAUCACGCCAAGCAAAUGCGAGAACUCCUCUCUGGGUGGGAUGUUAGAGAUGUCAAUGCAUUAGUGGAGGAAUAUGAGGGAACUUCAGCCUUAAAGGAGCUUUCUCUACAAGCCAGUUUGGCUAGACCAGAAGCUCGGACAUUGCAGAAAGAUAUGGCCGAUCUUUAUGAGUAUAAGUAUUGUACUGAUGUAGACUUAAUAUUUCAAGAAACCUGUUUUCCUGUUCAUCGUGCCAUUUUGGCAGCAAGAUGUCCAUUUUUUAAAACACUGCUUUCUUCCUCACCUGAGUAUGGGGCAGAGAUCAUAAUGGACAUCAAUACAGCUGGUAUAGAUAUGCCUAUGUUUUCUGCGUUGUUACACUACCUUUAUACUGGAGAGUUUGGAAUGGAGGACUCAAGGUUUCAAAACGUUGAUAUCCUGGUUCAGCUUAGUGAAGAAUUUGGAACACCAAAUUCCCUUGAUGUAGAUAUGCGUGGACUUUUUGAUUACAUGUGUUAUUAUGAUGUCGUCCUUAGUUUUUCUUCAGACUCUGAACUGGUUGAAGCUUUUGGUGGAAAUCAGAACUGCUUAGAUGAAGAGCUCAAAGCUCACAAGGCUGUUAUUUCAGCACGGUCCCCAUUUUUUCGAAAUCUAUUACAAAGGAGGAUACGGACUGGUGAAGAAAUCACAGACCGAACUUUGAGGACUCCCACAAGAAUUAUAUUAGAUGAGACCAUUAUACCAAAAAAAUAUGCAAAAGUUAUAUUACACUGUAUGUAUACCGACGUGGUGGACCUCUCCGUUUUGCACUGUAGCCCCUCUGUGGGGAGUCUCAGUGAAGUUCAGGCUCUCGUCGCAGGGAAACCAAACAUGACCAGGGCAGAAGAAGCCAUGGAACUUUACCACAUAGCACUGUUCUUGGAAUUUAACAUGCUUGCACAAGGCUGUGAGGAUAUCAUUGCUGAGAGCAUCUCAUUAGAUACCUUAAUUGCCAUCCUCAAGUGGAGCUCUCAUCCAUAUGGCUCUAAAUGGGUGCACCGACAAGCUUUACAUUUCCUCUGUGAGGAAUUUUCCCAGGUCAUGACUUCGGAUGUUUUUUAUGAACUCAGCAAAGACCAUCUGCUUACUGCUAUCCAGUCUGACUACCUGCAGGCAAGUGAACAAGAUAUCCUUAAAUAUCUGAUUAAAUGGGGUGAGCACCAGCUGAUGAAAAGAAUAGCAGACAGAGAGCCAAACUUACUGAGUGGCACUGCUCAUAGUGUGAACAAAAGAGGUGUGAAAAGACGAGACCUGGACAUUGAAGAGCUUCGAGAGAUCCUUUCUCCUCUCUUACCUUUUGUGCGAAUUGAACACAUUUUACCUAUAAACAGUGAAGUCCUAAGUGAUGCAAUGAAAAGAGGCUUGAUUAGCACUCCUCCAUCAGAUAUGCUUCCUACAUCAGAAGGUGGAAAGUCAAAUGCCUGGUUACGGCAAAAAAAUGCUGGAAUAUAUGUUCGUCCUCGACUAUUCUCUCCCUAUGUUGAGGAAGCAAAGUCAGUGCUAGACGAGAUGAUGGUGGAACAAACAGAUCUUGUGCGUUUGCGAAUGGUUAGAAUGUCCAAUGUGCCAGACACACUUUACAUGGUCAAUAAUGCUGUGCCACAGUGCUGUCACAUGAUCAGCCACCAGCAGAUCAGCAGUAACCAGUCAAGCCCCCCUUCGGUGGUAGCCAAUGAAAUUCCAGUUCCUCGUCUCCUCAUUUUGAAAGACAUGGUCAGACGUCUGCAGGAGCUCCGGCACACCGAGCAGGUGCAGAGAGCCUACGCGCUGAACUGCGGGGAAGGCGCCACGGUCAGCUACGAAAUCCAGAUUCGAGUACUGAGGGAGUUUGGUCUGGCCGAUGCUGCUGCAGAGCUCUUGCAGAAUCCUCACAAGUUCUUUCCUGAUGAACGUUUUGGGGAUGAAAGUCCGCUCUUGACAAUGAGACAGUCUGGGAGAUGUCGCGUUAACAGUACCCCCGCUGCAGAAACCAUGUUUACAGACCUAGACUCUUUUGUGGCCUUCCAUCCACCCUUGCCCCCUCCACCACCUCCAUACCAGCCCCCAGCUACCCCUAUUCAUAACCAACUCAAAGCAGGCUGGAAGCAAAGACCUCCCACUCAGCAUCCUUCACGUUCAUUUUCUUAUCCCUGUAAUCAUUCACUGUUUCACUCGAGAACGGCUUCUAAAGCUGGGCCCCCUCCAGUCUAUCUGCCAGGUGUUAAAGCAGCUGCACCUGAUUGUACCAACACCACAGGACUGGGGAGACAGACAGUAGCUGCUGCCACCGCCGCCACCGCCUCGGCAACAACAGCACCUGAGAAACAAGCGUGCACACAGCCUGUGCUGAAUGACCUAAUGCCGGACAUCGCCAUGGGUGUGUCCGCACUGUCACUCAAGGACAGGCGGCUUCCAGAACUUGCUGCAGACACAGAAUUAAGCCAGUCGGUUUCUGAAGUGGGACCAGGGCCUCCUCAGCAUCUGUCAUGUAUUCCACAGAGGCACACACACACAUCUCGAAAGAAACACACACUAGAGCAAAAAGCGGAUGCUCGAGAAAAUCAGCAGGAAUAUCCGGAUUUCUAUGACUUCUCAAAUGCUGCUUGCAGACCUUCUACUCCUGCCCCUGGCAGGCGCACCCCCUCCCCCUCACAAGGUGGAUAUUUUGGUCCUGAUUUGUAUAGCCACAAUAAGGCAUCACCAAGUGGCUUAAAGUCAGCCUACCUGCCUGGCCAGACCUCGCCUAAGAAGCAGGAAGAAGCUAGGAGAGAAUAUCCACUUUCCCCUGAUGGGCAUCUGCACAAACAAAAGAACGAGCCGAUACACCUUGAUGUUGAGCAACCUCCGCAGCGGCCAGACUUCCCUUUGGCAGCCCCGGAAAACGCUGGCAGCGGGCCAGCACACGUCAGGGGACGAGCAGCAGUAGAAACUGACUUGACUUUUGGGCUGACUCCUAACAGACCUUCACAUUCUGCAUGUAACUCUGAAGCACCGGAAGAGAGAUCCAGUAGAAGACUAGCAGACAGCGAGUCCCUGGGCCACGGAGCCCAGAGAAAUCCAGAUGUGGAAAGGGAAGAUUCAAUAAACAGAGGAAGGAGGUCACCAAGCAAACCAGACUUCCUCUACAAAAAGUCCGCUCUCUGAGCGCAACCUCCAAGUCGUCUGUGCCUGAGAUGUGAAACAUCCCAUUUUAUGAUGUAACCCAAUAACUUAAGAGACCAGUUUAUUGAUGCCAGCUGAUAACUCAGUUUCACAUUAUUUUAUUCUGGGUUUUGUACAUACAUGUUUAUUAGACAUGGCAUGCUAAGAGGGUUGUUUUGAAUGCUGCAUUUGUCUAUUUUGUGUUUGGAUAAUUAUGUGGAGAAGCAUUUUUAAGAGCAAGCAAGCUGGCACUUUUUUUUUCCUCUUUACAAAUGAUGGAAUUUUUUUGCACUUGUACAUUUAUUUUGUCUGUAUUGAUUUUAUAUCAGUAUGUUAACUUUAUUGCCACAUUUAAAGGACUGUAUUUUCAUACUUUUUGCAUUUUAGCAUUCAUCUACCAAUUUCCACGUGCAUUGGAUUGCACACUAAGAUGUAUUUUCUUAUGAAAUAGUUCUGUUUAUUUUUUAAUUAUAGAAAUCCCAAAGAACAGCACAUCAAAAUGCUCCUCUCUUCUGAAUAAUUGUUUUGGUUCGGAAAUCUUCCUGCUCAGUCUCUUAAAUACGGUCUUUCUUUUUUAGUAAGUCUUGGGAGCUGGUCUUUCCUCCAGUGGGUGUCCAAUCAGGAUCCUGGAGUUUUCUGGUUCUGUAGAGAACAGAAAGGAGAAAAGCCUUGUACCCAGGCUGAAAAGCUCACUGUGUUCACAGUGUGGACGCUGUCAGACCCGCCGCAGGUUAUGGCCGUAUGGAUUAGAGAAUCACCAGAUGGGAGUCUAUAAAGAGAUCAGAUUUUUCUUUAUGAUCAGAAUCCUAAAGCGUGGAGAUAGUGAAGUAACUUAAGGUUUGCACUGCAGGAUUUCUGGUUCUGAGCGUCGUCAGCUCUCCAGCUGAGAUGGGGGAGUGACUGCUUGCUGCCUUCAGUUGUCUUGCUCUCUAUGGGGAGGAAAAAACAAAAACACAAACAAAAGGGCUUCAGUCUUUCGGAUGUCAUUUGGUGUUUGUAAGCAUAUGUUUUCUUAUAAAUGUUUUUUAAAGUGUGUCUGAAUUUUGGUGUCCUACAAAAAGUUGUAUAACGCAUAAUGCUUUGUCACCAAAAGAGAAAACUUUUUUUUUUUUUUUUUCUCCAGUGAAACACUACAUGUCCUACUUGAACUCCAUUCGGGACGCUGGUUUGGGAUUUUUCUGAACCACUGAGCACAUGGGACCUUUUAAGGUCCUCUCCCUUGGAAGGGCAAUGUGUGAGCUAAGGACUUUUUUUUACUCUCCAAUGUAAAUAUAUUAGUAUUUGAGUUUUUAAAUCACUUGAGCAUUAUUUGAGCUUUCACUUUGUAUUUUUACAGACACAUACACACACAGCUGUAGCACUUAGAAGAAAAGAGACUUUCUGCACAUUCCCUCAUGUGAAGGAUGCUUGGGAGCCUCUUUUCUGUGUAUGUGUGUAUAUAGAUACAUAUAUAUAAAAACCAUGAAUCACUGACACUCUUAAAACUAUGCAGGGCUAGGGAGCCUUUACAAGCUACCAUACAAAUUAAUUACAUGCACUUUUAAGUCAAUAGGUUUUUCUUGGGUAUCAAAAACUUUAAUUUCUCCCAAAACUGUAGAUUCUCUUACAGUCUUUUCGUACUUUACCCUGUGGAUAUACACUCAGGAAUAAUCGGACAUUUUAAAAAAUCCUAACAGUAGAUCGCCUCAAAGAUGGGAAACACAUCAGUGUGUCUGUACACUGGCGCGCUGCUGCUGCCUCGCGCUCCGCUGCCCAAUUCGCUAGCUGCCGCUAGGGCGUCCAUCCCCGCUGGUGAGGCUACACACUGAGUACCAGAGUCAACACUAACCUCCUGUAAGGUCCGCUGUGCAUCGCCUUUGAGGCUCCCUUUUUUAAAGAUAGAAAAACACAGGACUCUGUUGUCAUUUUUAGGAGGUUUGACCUUUACAUGAUGGUGUCUUUUGAAGCCAAUCACAGUCUGUCCCUCAGAAACAGAAAUUGUUAAUUCCAUUCUGUUUCUCAAUGUGUGUUUAUAAUACCUGUGUUGACAUGAAUUAUUUUGAUGUAGUUUUAAAUGUUCUGAUUCAGACUGUACCGUGCUGGUAGUGCAGAUGAGGGUGGAAAAAAAAACUAUUACGGACCUUUUAAAAAAUACAUUAGAUAAGAGCUAUUGAUGCCACACAUUCAUUUUUCUGGAAGUUUAUUAAAUAUUCUUUAAUAUCUCUAAUUAUAAAAACAAGUGGCCACUGUUCAUAAUUUUGUUCAAUUUAUGAAGUUUGCUUUUAAUAGUUUAGCUUACCCAGCUAAAUUGUGUGUAUAAAGAGGAACUUGCUUUACUAAGGAAUUGUGGACCGAUGUGACUUGCAAAAGAAGGUAAACAGAUGUGAUUGUGUGUGUUCGGGUAGGUGGUGGUAGACUUUCAGUGUAUCUGGUGAAGCAUGGUUAAUAGGGUAGGUUGAAUAGCUCUGUGCCUCUAGUUUUUACCCCCAUCUAUUCAAUCUUUUUUUAAUGCUUACUAAGCAUUAAAACAUUUUAAUUUUGUGCUAAGAUAAAUGUGAAGUCUGAGUAGGGUUGCUCUCAGAAAAAAAAAGUAUAUAUAAAAUAAAAUUUGGCCACAGGACCUGGCAUUUUGCUCGGUGUAGAAAUUUCCUGAGAAUCGUAUCUCAGAACCCAAGAUCUUAUCUUGAGGCCCUGGACAAUCAGGCCGUCAGACAAUCGCCACCUUGGGUGCCCACCUUGUUGAGGUUAGAGAACUACCAUUUAGAUCCUGGAUCACAAAGGGAUCGAUGUUGCUUCAAGAUUCUGUUGGUCGUCUUAUAUAUUGUAGCUUUGUGAUUUUGAUGAAUAAUUUGAGUUCAAAGUCACCUGUGACUCCUAAGGGGAAAUAGUAGCAUGAAAGGCAGAAAUUAUUCCUGUAAAAUAGUUGUAUGCGUUUGCCACAUGCCACACCCUUUCUCCUGUGCCCCGUCAGCUUCCUCCAAGCACAUGUCCCUGGGCCCCGUAAGCUCUCCUGUCACUUUGAUAACCAGUUAGGUUUUAAGGAUUUUUAACGAGGUCCUUUUAUUUUAGUCUUUUUGUAGAAGUCUCUGAAACUUGACCUAAUUCUUGUUUUUGCUUCCUCAAAAUCUCUUUUUUUUUUUUUUUUUUAUAAUUGCCGUCCUAUAUUAGGUUUUCUUUUGUUCAAAUUCUAGCAACGGGCAGUACUUGUCCCUUCCGAUCAUGGCGAUGACGUGCAGUGUGAGGGGAACGGCAUGUGCAGCAGCAAGGCCUGCACGUGCCAGUCUCCAGAGGAGAAGGGUUGACGUUUCUCAGUCCCUCUCAGCAAAAUACAUUUUUUUGUAAUGUUUAAUACACUUAAAUGGGAAAAUGUGUUUCAUGAAACACUUGUAAGAUACUGGUGUAGCAGUUGUAAGGCAUUCUUGUUUUUAUCUUAGGACUGAACUCAGAGGGAAAUGUGUAUUGGACUUCUUAAAAAUUAAUUUGAUUGACUUUCAACUUUCUAUUGGAAGUUACUAUUAAAGCAGCAGUGAUGGGUGCUAUUCCCGAUUCUGCAAUGGUUUACUUUGUCUACUAAGUAAUUUCAAACCUCAUUACAGAUCCUUACUGAGUUACCCAUCAAACACUAAAAAAGUAUUUUAUUUUACUGUUUUCCAUUAACACUGUUGUAUCAACAUUUUAGGAAUAUUCAGUUGUCUUUUUGUCUGAUAAAUUGCAAUAGCUGUUACGUAAUUGUUGUAUUGGCAAGUCUUGAUUUUUUUUUCCCCCUUUAGAACAUUCUCAGACCGUGUGUCAAUCUUCCAUAUUCUGACUAUUAUAAUGCUGUGGCCGUUUCUAUGGAAAGAUUACUUGCAAGUGUGUGUCUUGAAAAUAACCUCUUGUGUUUGUGUGUUUAUGUGGGUUCUAAGAGAAGAGAUAAGCUCUGGAAGCUUCGUCAUGUCCCUGCACAUGACUGUGUUCCAGGGGCAGGUGGCCUGGAACCCUGCUCUUCGGUGGGGUGGCUGAAAGGUAAAGGUUCCUGAACUCCACUUGGUGUUUUUGUGCCACAUCUGUACUUCACAGAAGUGGUCCUACUCUAACACAUCAUUUCUUGUGGUUGUGCUGUUACCAGUAUAAAGUCAAGUGCCUUCAAUGCAAAAGGCUCAGAAAUUUUUCUUAAAACUGAUUUCAUGUCCUAUGCAAGUGUUUUCUACAACCUGCAUAACCAGUACUUUGUAAAACUUGUUUACGCUUCAAUUGUACAUAGUGUUUUUUAAGGAAAUAUAUAGUAUUUUUAUUUAGGUACCUCCAAACUUGAAUUUGUCUGUGUGAAGCAUUGUAAAACGAUACAUUUCUCUUUUGAGUAUCAUUACAGUUGUACAAAGGUUUUCACUGGUUCUAUUUUUCUACUGUUACUGAUAAGCAUGUAACACUGACUUUAUCCUACAUAUAGUUGGCAUUUCAAAUA